AUGGCAGCGACCUCAGGGGAUUGGGUUGAGGCUUCAAAGUAUGAUAAAACUCAUCCAAACUGGGUAUGUACUCCUUUGAGUGCUGGUGGAGACACAGCACUUCACAUUGCAGUGAGCAUGGAACAAUUCACUUUUGUAGCAAAGUUGCUGGAACGUGUGACCUUGCAUGAAUUGGAAAUUCCCAACGCAGAUGGGAAUACAGCCUUUUGUAUGGCAGCUAUUUCAGGAAACGUGAAAAUUGCUACCAUUCUAUUUAACAAGUACCCAUCGUUGGUAAGGAUUAGAGGCCAGAAAAACAUGUUACCCAUUCAGUUGGCAUCUUCUGCUGGACACUCUCAUAUGGUGCAACUUUUGUUUGAAAAGACUCCACAAGACAUGGGCUCUAAUCUACCCUCCCCAGACACAGUCAUGCUCUUUUUCUUGACCAUUACCAACAACAUUUACAGUGUUGCAUUGAAUUUGUUGGAUAGAUAUCCAAAACUCGCAACCACAGGAAACGAAGAGGGGCUAACCGCCUUGCAAGUGCUUGCUAAAAUACCCUUUUACGAGGAUGCUCCAGCAGGUUAUCGAGAUAUUAUAAGUUGCUUGUUUAAGGGCAUGAAAGAUGAAUUUCUGAACUCUGUAAGAACUUCAGAAGCAAUGUUUGCUGCAGCAAAAUCAGGAAAUGCUAUCAUUCUAGAAUAUAUUUUAAAGUACAAUCCAAUUUUGUUGAUGAAAGUUGAUUCCAAUGGACAAAGCAUACUUCACAUUGCUAUUUUAUAUCGACACAAAUCUGUAUACCGACUAAUAAUGAGCAAGGGUGCGUACAAGAAUGUUAUACUGCAGCUGGUUGAUUGUGAUGGAAACAAUGUUCUUCAUUUAGCUGGAAAGUUGUCUGCUGAAGAAAGAUUUGGAUCAUGUCCAGUUCUAAUUUGCAGUGAGGAGAUGUGGUUUAAGGAAGUGGAGAGGAUAAGUCCACCUGCAUUGAGAAGCAUGGAAAAUAAGGUUGGUUGGACUCCAAAAGAAUUAUUUUACAGGGAACACAGAGAGUUAACUGCAAAAGCUAUAUCUGAACUGAACGGCAUUGCAAGUAAUUUCCUAGUUGUGGGAACUCUUAUUAUGACGUUAGGGAUAACUGGAGGUCUCACCAUUCGUACUAAUAAUAUUGAUCCAAAGACUCCUAUUUUUGUGCUCAAGAUAUGUUAUAAUCCCUUCAAUCUUGAAGCCAAAAGGAGGUUAUUUCUGCUCCCGGCUAAUGAUGAGGACUAUGAUGGGGUGUUUGUCACUGUUUGCAUCUGUGCUAAUCAUGGGGAUCUUGUGUUGUCUCAUUUACAAACAUUCUUUGCAUUUUCAAAUACACUUACUGCUAGCCUUUUGCGAGGAAAUUGCAAUGAGAAUAUUGUCAAGAACGAGGAUUAA